GCUUGUCCAUGAACGCCUCACAGGCUGUCAGCGCCGCCGACUCGCACAGCGACAAGCGCACGCACCGCUCGCUCCUCGAGCGGCUCCGGCAGCACAGCCGUGGCGAGUCGGGCUCCGCCUUUGUCGAGGCGCUGCUCGAGGCGGCGGCGGUGGCGGCGGCCUCGCCGCGACGGCGCACCCCGCUCGGCCACGCGCAGCUACUCAGCAUGGUGAGCGCCACCGUCGAGGAGCGCUGCGCCCUCGGGACAGCCGAGUGCGAGGCUGCCGUCGCGGCCGUCGGGCCACGCCUUCCGGCCCUCGCCGCGCUGCUGCACGGCGCCCACUCUUCGGGCGAGGGCUCGGCGGCGUGGAGGGUGGGCGUCUCGUCCGUCCGCCGCCUGCUGCGGGCGCACGGCUCGCUGCUCGCCUCGGCGCAGGCGUGGCUGCUCGCCGAGAAGGGCUCCGCCACGCCUCCCGCUUCAGAGGCUGCCGACGCUGCAUGCGCGCUCGCCGGCGCAGUGCUUCCGCUCCUCCUCGCGCGGGGCCGCGCGUCGGCGGAGCAGCAGCUCGACUGGGCGGCGUGGUCGAAGCUGCUCGGCGGCCUGCUGGCGACCGCCUCGCCCGCCGUCGCGAUCGACGGCUUUGCGCCGCUGCUCGGCGCCCUUCCGGCCGAGGAGCUGCUCAAGCGCGUGCUUCCGGCGGUGACCAAGGCGCUCAAGCGGGCGGCGGAGGGGGUGCUUCCGUGCCUGCCGAGGCUCUUCGCGGCGCUGCCUCGCGCGGCGCCGCUGCCCGCGGCCGCCGCCUCCUCCCUCUCUGAGCAGCUCGCCCCAUCCCUCCUCGCCGCAAGCCCCGCCGGCCGCUCCGCCGCCGCCGCCGCCGCGCUGCGCGCGCUGCGCUCGCGGCUGUGCGGCGGCGGCGCGGCGGCGGCGGCGCGCGCGCUGGUCGGCGCGAGCGGGAAGGGGACUCAGCUCUCGCCGCAGCAGCGUGUCUCUCUCGGCGAGGCGCUCGCUUCCCUCGCCUUUCCGCCAUGCGGCGCGGCAGCCGCUGCCGGCGCGGCAGAGGCGCAGGGCGCGGCCGAGGCGGCGUCCGAGCCGGCGCGCACCGCGAUGAUGGCGGCCGUCGGGAGCUGGGUCGGCGUGGCUGGCGUCGGAAGCGCGGACGCGGCGGUGAAGGCCGUCGGCGCCGGUCUGGCGGACAAGUCUGCAGAGGUGCGGCGGGCGCACCUCGCUGCGGUGCUCGGCGGCCUGCAGUCGGCGGUUGAGGGGGGCGGUGCGGAGGGCGGCGGCGCGUCGGGCGCGCUCCUCUCGCUGCUCAAGCCUUCGGCCGCAGGCGAGCCCCUCCUCGCCAUGGUCCGAUCCGCGAUUAAGAAGGCGCCCACGGCGCCCGCCGCCCGCGCGGAUGCGCUCGGCGCGCUCGCGGCGCUGCGGGAGGGGUGUGCGCUGAGCGAGCCGCUGGCGGCGGCCUGCACGGCCGACAAGCUCUGGCAAGCGGCUCUCAAGGCCAAGGAGGCGUUUGCGUGGGCGAGCGCGAGCAGCGCAGGCGAGAAGGGGUGGCCGGGAGGACAGCCAGGGCGAGAUCUGGGGAGAGAUGGGGAGAUGAGGCGUCUCCUGCGCGACAUGUGGGGAGGCGCCGGGCGCGAGGUAACGGAGCCGGCGGGUGCCGACGGCGCCGCGGGCGAGCCCGACGCCGACCCGGCCGACGCCGCUGCGGGGGCGGCGGUCGCGCACGGACGGAGGCUCCGCGCGGCGCUGCGUGCGGGGAUGUCGCGGCUGCGCGACGCGAGGUGCGAGGAGCUUCCGCCGCUCGUGCCGCGGUUGCUCCUCCUCUGCCACCAGCCCGCCCUUCUGCCCCGCGAGCCCGCCGGGCCGGGCGGCUGCGGCGGCCGGAGGCCGUGGGAAGAGGUCGCCUCCGCGUGGGGGGAGGCGGCGGAGGGGCUGCUGCGGGGCGCGGCCGACGCGGUUGCCGAGCUGGUCGCCUCGGACAAGGGCGCCGCCUCCGCCUCGCGCGACACGAGGCUGGCGGCGCUCGCCUCGCUGGGCGCUCUCGCCGCCUCGCCCGCCGAGGUGCGGGCUGCCGUCACCGCCGCCCUCCUCCCGCGGCUUGAGGCCCCGAUGCGCGAGGCUGCGGACGAGCUCGCUGCCGCGACGCCGUCGGAGGUCCAUGCGCUGCGUUCGCAGCGCGCGGCCGCCGCGUCGAGCACGCCAGGCGGCGGCGGCGGCGGCGGCGGCGGCGCCAACGGGCGAGGCGCCGACGAGGACGUGGAGGCUGCGAUCCGCGCAACGUUCGCUCGGCGCGCGGCGGAGGCGGGCAAGCCGGCGGCGGCCGAGAAGAAGCCGAAGGUGGACAAGGCCGAGGCACAGCGUCAGGCCGUGGCCGCGGCCGAGGCCGAGGCGUGCGAGAGGCUCGGCCGGCGCACCACCGAGCUGCGCCGCUUGGGCGAGCUCCUCUCGGCCGCCGCCGACGCCGCGCCCGCGGCGGUGCGAGGCAGGCUGCCGCAGCUGCUGCCGCUGCUCGUCCGGCUCCCGGCGCUGCCUGCUCUGCGCGCGGCGGACGGCGGAGGGUGGCUCGAGGCCCUCUUCGAGUCGCUGCUCGCGUGCGCCGCCGCGCCGCUGCACGCCGUUCGCGCGCCGGUGGCGAGGGCUCUGCUGCGCGUGCUCGCGCCCGGAGACGCGGCGGGGGAGAGUGGCGCGGGCGGCUCGGAGCCUCUCGCGCUCGCGCCGCUGCUCGAGGCGCUCCUCGGCGCGUGCGACGGGAUGCCGCUGCCGCCCGCGGGGUACAGCUUGCUCCUCCCGCUGCUCGAAUGCGCCCUCGCCGACCGGGCGGCGGCGGCGGCGUCGCUCAGCCUGCUCACCCUCCACGCCGCGCCCUCUUUGCCGCUCGACCAGCCGGCGCGCCGCACGAGCGUCCGCCUCCUCCUCUCCCUCCUCUCGAGCGACCGGUGGCGCGCCGACGCGGCGGUCGCGCUCGAGGUCCUCGCCCCGGCCCUGCAGCCGGCCUCGCUGCCGCAGCUUGUCCGCGCCGCCACCGCGGCCGAGGGGCCCGACGAGCGGUGCGCGGCCCUCAGCGCGCUCUGCCACGCGGCGCCGCUCGCCGAGGGGUGGCACCCUCCCGACGCGCCGCUCGCAGCGCGGCUCCACUUGGCGAGGUACGACGACGACGCCGCCGCCGCCGCGCGGGGCGCCGACGCGUGGGCGCUCUACGCCGGCUGCGUCGACGCCGCGGAGCCGGGCGCGCCGCCGCUGCCGGCCUCGCUCGAGGCGGAGCUGCUGCCCGAACUCGCCGCCCUCUCGGGCCGCGAGCGGGCACAGGCGGCGCGUGCGCUCGCGGCGGCCGCCGCCGACGAGCCGCCGCGGCUCCACACGCUGCUGCAGCGUCUCUUCGAGAUGCACAAGGAGGCGUCGCCGCCGCCGAAAGCCGCGGCGGGCUCCGAGGAGGAGGACGACGGCUGGCGAGCGCGGCACGGAGUCGCGCUCUGCCUGGCGGCGGUGGCGCCCGCCGCGUCGGUGAUGCAGCUGCCGGUGGCGUUCGCUUUCCUCAAGCGCGCGCUCGCCGACGAGGUGGAGGAGGUGGCGGCCGCGAUGACGGCGGCGGGCUGCGCGCUCAUCAACGAGCAGGGUGCGCCCGACCGGAUGGUGCCGCUCCUCGCCCCGAUGUUCGAGACGAUGCUCUCCGAGGCGGCCACCACCGAGGCGGACGAGACGUGGCGCGCGGCGAGAGAGACGAGCCGCCUCUCCUCACGGCUCGGGUGCGAACAGGCGGACGACCGCGUGCGCACGGGCGUCGUCGUCUGCUUUGGCGCCCUCGCGCGCCACAUCCCUCCCGACGACCCCAAGGUCGGGCUCGUGCUCUCGCGGCUCGUCGACUCGCUGGCGACGCCGUCCGAGGUGGUGCAGCGCACGGCGGCAAAGUCGCUCUCCGCGCUGCUCUCUCGGGCGGAGGUCAAGCCGCGCGGCGCCGAGGUGCUGCAGGAGCUGCUGGCGACGCUGCUGGCGACGCCGUCGUACGCGAUGCGGCGCGGCGCCGCCUUUGGCCUCGCCGGAGUGGUCAAGGGGCUCGGCAUUGCCAGCCUGAAGAAGGAGGGCGUGAUGGCGGCGCUGCAGGCCGCCAUCGAGGAGAAGAAGCGGGGCGAGGAGGCGUCCAACGCCAAGGAGGGCGCCCUCUUCGCGCUCGAGGCGCUCUGCGAGACGCUCGGCCGCCUCUUCGAGCCGCACAGACUUCCUAGAUACUUCCUAGGCGCGCUGCCGCUGCUCCUCUCGUGCGUCGCCGACGGCUCGGGCGGCGUGCGGCACGCAGCGGUGUCGGCGUCCGGCGUCAUCAUGUCGAGCCUCUCGGCGCAGGGCGUCAAGAUGGUGCUGCCGUCGCUGCUGCGCUCGCUCAAGGAGGAGGACAAGUGGCGCGCGCAGCACGCCGCCGUCGAGCUGAUGGGGUCGAUGGCCUUCGUCAACCCGAAGCAGCUGUCUGCGACGCUGCCGCAGCUCGUGCCGGCGCUCACCACCGCCCUCACGCACUCGCACGCAAAGGUGCGCGAGUCCGCCUCCGCCGCGCUGCAGUCGGUCGGAUCCGUGAUCCGCAACCCGGAGAUCUCCGAGAUCCUGCCGGCGCUGCUGCACGCGCUCGCCGAGCCGGCGGCGGGCACCGACGCGGCCCUCUCUGCGCUCGCGCACUGCCAGUUCGAGCAUUGCGUCGACCCGCCCUCGCUCUCGCUCAUCGUGCCGGUGCUGCAGCGCGGGCUGCGCGCGCCAUCGGCGCAGGCCAAGCGGCGGACGGCGCACAUCACGGGCAACAUGUGCUCGCUGCUCGCCGACCCGAAGGACAUCCUGCCCUACCUCGACAUGAUGAUGCCUCAGCUGCAGUCUGUCCUGCUCGACCCGAUCCCCGAGGUGCGCUCGACCGGCGCCCGCGCGCUGGGGCGGCUCUGCGCCGGCCUCGGCGUCGACGCCUUCCCGAACCUGAUGGCGUGGCUUCGCGAGGGCCUCCGCCGCGACUCGUCCGCCGUCGAGCGCGCGGGCGCCGCGCAGGGCCUCGCCGAGGUGCUCGCGGCGCUCGGCGACGAGGCGGUCUCUGACGAGCUGCCCGCGCUGCUCGCCGGCGCGGAGGACCCCGACCCGGCGGCGCGCGAGGGGCACGCGGCGCUGUGGACGCACCUGCCCCGCGUGCUUGGGCCUCGCUUCGAGCACCACUUGGGCGCCGUCCUGCCGGUUGUGCUGGCGGGGCUCGCGGACGGCGCCCGCGCCGGGCGCCGAGCAAGCGCCGAGCCGGUGCGCGAGGCGAGUUUGCGCGCCGCGCACGGCGUGAUCGCGACGUACACGCGCGCGGCGGCGGAGUUGCUCCUCCCCCCGCUGCAGCAGGGCCUCGCCUCAGACAACUACCGCAUCCGCCAGUCGUCGAUCGAGCUGCUCGGCGAGCUGCUGCUGCGGCUGACGGAGCGCGGCCCUCUUCCGGUGCUCGAGGAGGGGGAGGACCCGCCGGCCGACUCGCCGCUCGCGCACGUGCCGACAGCGCAGCAGCACGCCCUCCUCGCCGCGCUGCACAUCGCGCGCUCCGACACGGCCGCCGCCGUCAAGGCUGCGGCGGGCACCGCUGCGGCGGGCACCGUGUGGAAGACGCUCGUCGAGAACACGCCGCGCACCCUGCGCGCCAUCCUCCCACCCUCGCCUAGGCGCGCCAUCCUCCCCACCCUCGCCGCGCAGCUCAUCGGCACGCUGGCCGGCGGCGACGACGAGCCGCAGGAGGCGGCGGCGGCGGCGCUCGGCGAGCUCGUCGUCAAGCUGGGCGAGCGCGUGCUGCCGCGGCUGCUGCCGCUGCUGCGGCGCGAGCUCGAGGAGGGGGACGAGGACCGGCGCGCGGGCGCCGCCAUCGGGCUCACGCAGCUCAUCGCCUCGGCGGGCCGCGAGCACGUCGAGCGUUUCCUGCCCGAGCUCAUCGGCGCGGUGCGCGCCGGCCUCUGCGACGAGGCGGCGUCGGUGUACGGCGCCGCCGCGCGCGCCUUCGCCGCGCUGCAGCGCGUGGUUGGCGCGGCGGCCGUGCACGAGAUCAUCCCCGCGAUGCUCGAGCUGCUCGGCUCGGGCGACCCGGCCGACGCCGACGCCGCGAUGCGCGGGCUGCGCGAGGCGGUGGCGCAGCGGCCCGCCGCCGUGGUCCCCUUCCUGCUGCCGCGCCUCUGCGCGCGCCCUGUCAGCACCGCGGCGGCGCGAGCGCUCGGCGCCGUCGCACACUCUUGCGGCGAGCACCUCCACCUGCAGCUCGACGUGGCGCUGCCGCCGCUGCUCGACGGGGUCGUCCUCGAGGCGGAGCUCCUCCCCGCCGGCGCGCCCGCGGGCGCGGCCGAGCCCGAGCAGCGCGAGGCGCUGCUCGGUGCGGCGCGGUCCCUCUCGCUCUCCGUGGGCGAGGAGGGACUCCACCUGCUGUACGGCGAGGUGCUGCGCGCCGCCGCGCCAGCCGCGCCGCCGCACUCGCGCGCGGCGGCGUGCGCGCUGCUCGGCGCGGUGAUGUGCGAGCGCGCCGAGGAGCACGCACCGCACCUCGGGCCUGUCCUCGCCGCCCUCGUCGGGGCGAUCAACGCGCCGCAGCCCGCCGUGGUGCGCGCGGCGUGGGGCGCGCUCGACGCGCUCGUCAAGGCGCUGCCCAAGGAGCGCUACCCCCUCCACGUCCACACGCUGCGCGAGGCGCUCGCCUCACUCGCCGACGAGGCGCGCGCUGCUGCGCGCAAGGCGGCCGCCGCCGAGGGGUCCGACAUGGCUGGCCAGGCGGCGGCGGCGGGUCGCGUCGAGGUGGCGGGGCUGGCGCUGCCAAAGGGCCUCGCGCCGCUCGUCGCGGUCUACCUGCACUCGCUGAUGACCGGCUCCGCGGAGCUGCGCGAGGCGGCCGCUCUCGCGCUCGGAGAGGCGAUCGGGCUGACGCCGGUGGCGGCGCUCAAGCCUUUCGUCAUCCAGAUCACCGGCCCGCUCAUCCGCGUCAUCGGCGACCGCUUCCCCGCCGGCGUCAAGGCGGCGAUCCUCGCCGCGCUCACGCUGCUGCUCGGGCGCUCCCCCGCCGCGCUCAAGCCCUUCGUGCCGCAGCUGCAGACCACCUUCGUCAAGUCCCUCUCAGACGCGCAGCAGUCGGUGCGCGCGCGCGGCGCCGCGGCGCUCGCGGCGCUCGCCGCCAUCGCGACGCGGCUCGAGCCGCUGCUCACCGAGCUCGCCAACGGCGUCGCCACCGCCGAGCCCGACGCGGCCGCGUCGUCCGCGGACGCCACGCUGCGCCAGCCCGCCGCGCACGCCCUCGGCCGCGUCAUCGCCGCGUUCGCUGAGCCAGAGCCCGAGGACGCGGCGGAGGCGGAGGCGGAGGGCGCCGACGCGGCGGCCGCGCUCGCACUUGCCGCCGCGGCCGGCGUGCCGAGCUCAGCUCUCGAGGCGCUCGCCGCCCUCCUCGCCGACGCCUCCUCGGACGUGCGCCUCUCCGCGAUGCACGCCGCAAAGCGACUCGCGCGGUUGCGGCCGGCGGCGCUCGCCGCGGCUGGCUGUGCCGGCGGCGCCCUCCUCCUCCCGCCGGUGGCCGCGGCGAUCGCCGUCAAGGGCAACACCUUCUUGCGGAGCGGCGCAGAGCGAGCCUUGGCGCAGGUGCUUGCCACGUGCGCUUGGACGGAGCCCGCCAAUCUGCCGCCGGCUGGCAGCGGCCCCGGCCGCUUGCCUCCCGAGGCGCGCUCCGCGGCCGACGACUUCCUGCGGCGCUCGUACCGGCGGAUCCGCGCGAUGGAGUCCGAGGCGGAGCGCUCGGAUGAGGACCCCUGA